CUCGGAACAUCCAAUUUACGACAUUCCUCUUGUGUGAAAAUGAUAAAGAUGAUUUCAAGUGACUAAAAUCGAUUUGUUAAUUUGUUUAUUGAAUUUCCUCACCAGAUCCAGUUGAAAAUCGAAGGAGGUCCUAUAAGCUUGGACCCAUUGAACUGAAAGAGUAAUCUCCAGCUCAUCUUACUGCCAAUUGAUCCUUCGACAGAAUUUUUUUCCGCACCAGUUGUCACGAAGCUGCGUUCGGUUUCGUAUCAUGUUUCUGAUGCACAUUCCAGGUUCUGGAUUUAGGAGCUCCAAGCUUGAAUUGUUUUGAAAUAGGAGUGACAGAUCGUUUUCUGUGAUUUGUGUUGGAAGAGAUGAGUGGACAUCAAGCACAGGAGAAAUAUGAAGUUAAAGCUUCUUCCAGUAAAGGAGUGGAGAAUAUCCAAUGCAGCUCAAUUUUUGGACAGUUUUCAGAAAAAGAAAUUAUAACUCAGUUAAAAGGGCUUGCUCGUAAUCCUUCUAUGCCACAAUUUGCAAUUGAUAACAUUCAGCCUUUGUGGACUCAGAUUCUUGGUCUCAGAAAAUUAAUGGCUCUCGAAGCUUCUGAAAUGCCUUGGAGAAAGCGGAAACUUGAGCAGCUUGUCAAAGAUACCCUGAGAGCUCCAGCUGGCUUUGUUUCACCACACCAACAGAACAUGGCAAAAUGCAGAAGACGGCAGUCAUCCCAAGCUUCGUCAUCAUUGUCAUGCUUGCUCAAUUCAAUUGACUCUGCCCACAGUCAUGAUGACAAAUUCAUCUUUGAAUCUCUAGUGACCUUCGAUGAAGCUUUUCCAGAGAAACAGAGAAAACACCUUGAGCCUUCUCAUCGGUCAAUCAGUUUGCUGAAUUUCAUCGGAGAUCAUCUUCAAAGGAAGGUUAUUCCAGUUGGACCUCGUUUUCAGACUGACAUCCCCGAGUGGGAUGACACGGUGGACAUGAGCAUUCGUAUAAGCUCAUACAAGAGUGAUUCUGAUAAUUUGAAGUGGUUGGGCUCCCAAGUUUGGCCAAUCGUAACUAGAAAUAUGAAAUCCACUAGAAGAGAAAUUGGGAAAGGGAAAAACAUAUUUUGUUCCUGUGCAUCUCGGGCAUCUGCUGAUUGCAUUAAACGCCUUGUAUGUGAGGAUAGGCUACUUCUUCAACACGAUCUGGGCCCUGCCUUUUCUAGUUGGAAGUUUGAUGAAAUGGGUGAGCAGGUCUCAGAGUCGUGGUCUCUCAAGGAGCAACGAGCUUACGAGUCACUAAUGAAAAUGAGGCCAUCAGCUAAUGGGAAAAGCUUUUGGAAGCGUACCUUGAAGCGUUUACCCAGAAAGUCUAAGAAAGACAUUGUGAACUAUUAUUUCAAUGUUUACAUUCCUCACCGCAUGAGCCUACACAGGUCGUCACCAACCAUUAAUCAAGUCGACACUGAUGAUGAGGACGAGGAUGAGGCUGAUAAUUCUGAUCACAAGGGUUUGCAGAAAGGAGCCGAAGGGAGAAGUCCUACAAUCCCCAAUAAGAAGGCUAGAUAUUUACGUACUAGCUAAGUUGACCUUCAAGUCCAUUGAUCGAGUCCCAUUAGAAGGUUCGUUUCUUGACCAAUUUUUUUGUCCAAUCAGCUUACCGUAUAUACCAAUGAAAAUCUUGACUUUGGAUUUCAAUUCAUUAAUCACUUGACUCUUGGUCACAUCCUUAGUGUGUGCAUUCAAGCAGAAAUGCAUCAUGCUAUAUAUAUUCUGGUUGUGAGUUUUGAAAAUGGUGAUGGGAGACUUCUUGUUUAUGUUCUCACAAUUAUGAAAUUAUGAUACUGUAGGGAAUAUGAACUCAGACUAAACUUGAGCUGAGUUGAGAGAAAAGCUAGGCUUAAUUUGCAGCUUUACCGCAUAUCAACUGUUGAAUGUCUCAAAAUGAAAUCUUUAAAUCCUUGUUUGUAUCAUUACCCUUUCUGC